CUAAAACAAGUUCUAGCUAAUGGUAAAAAAGGAGCUUUGAAUGUGGGAGCUGUUCUUAUUUUACCGGAGGGGUUUGAAUUAGCCCCCCCCGAUCGUAUUUCACCCGAGAUGAAAGAAAAGAUAGGAAAUCUGUCUUUUCAGAAUUAUCGCCCCAAUAAAAAUAAUAUUCUUGUGAUAGGUCCUGUUCCUGGUCAAAAAUAUAGUGAAAUAACCUUUCCUAUUCUUGCCCCAGACCCUGCUACUAAUAAAGAUGUUCACUUCUUAAAAUAUCCUAUAUACGUAGGUGGAAAUAGGGGAAGGGGUCAGAUUUAUCCUGAUGGUAGCAAAA